GAAACAUCCCCCUGGCUGUUAGGAUCUGCGCUUCUCCCAGUGCGAGGAUUUGUCAAGGCUGAGAGACUCCGGAUUAUCCAUAAAAUCCCCUAAAACACACAGCUGCCUUUCGGUCUCACCAUCGUGAGGAGUCUUUGGAGCAGAUACAAAAAUGGCCUCCAGCCUCACCUGCGCUGGUGUGGUCUGGGCCUUCCUCUCCUUCCUCUGCGCUGCCGCCUCCUGCGUGGGCUUCUUCAUGCCCUACUGGCUCUUGGGUUCUCAGCUGGAGAAGUCGGUUUCCUUUGGCACUUUCCGGAGGUGUUCGUACCCGGUGCGCGAUGAGAGCCGCCAGACAACAGUGAUGGUGGAGCAGUGUGGCCGCUAUGCCUCCUUCCAGGCCAUCCCAAGUGCCGAGUGGAGGAUCUGCACAGUGGUGACGGGCCUGGGCUGUGGGCUGCUCCUCUUGGUGGCCCUGACAGCACUCAUGGGCUGCUGCGUGUCCGAGCUCAUCUCCAGGACCGUGGGCAGGGUGGCAGGAGGCAUCCAGUUCCUGGGGGGUUUGUUGAUUGGCUCUGGUUGUGCCCUCUAUCCUCUUGGCUGGGACAGUGAAGAAAUCAGACAAACCUGUGGUAACCUUUCAAGCCAGUUUGAAUUGGAGACCUGCCACAUCGGCUGGGAAGCAGAAGCAGUACCCCUACUGAGCCAGCCCCCGGGCACAGGCACUGCCAGGCACCCCAGGGACUUGCUGACAUCUGGAUAA